AUGCUAGAUUCUUUGACUUUGUUAGACUAAAGACUGAUCUCAUCGGACUUUAUAGCUCACAAACGGUGAGGAAUGAAUGUAAAUCUCCUGGACACCUUCUCAGCUUUUUGGCCCAGAAGUAUCUGAUGAAGACUGUUCCCGAGGCGACAAAAUUACUUCAGCUGGUGCUCACUAUACCGGCUACAACAGUGUCCGUGGAAAGGUCCUUCUCUGCUUUGAAAAGACUGAAAACAUACAGUCGGAAUCGGACUGACCAAGGACGGCUUUCAUCCCUAGCAAUGAUCUCUAUUGAGACAGAGGCUUUUAAAACUAAAAGAAGAUAAAGAGGACUUUUACACCAAAGUGAUAAUGUUUGUCCAGAAGGAUAGGCGAAUGGACUGCAUUUACAAGUAAAGCUUCCAAUCCUGCUGACCUCUGUAGUGAGCCUUUACUUCCUAGAAUGGACAGACAUUUUCAAACCAGUGCACUGGGGUUUCAGCUGCCAUGACCGCAGUCUGAGUUUCCCGUACAUCGAGCCAGCGCACGAGGUUAUUCCCUUCAUCAUGCUCCUCAUCCUCACCUUCGGUGCACCUGCUGUCACGAUAACGAUUGGAGAAGGCAUCCUGUUCUGCUGGCUGUCCAAAACCCAGAGCGGCCCUGGAGCUGAGGCCAACAUCAAUGCAGCUGGCUGCAACUUCAACUCAUACAUCCGUCGUGCCAUCAGGUUUGUGGGGGUUCAUGUGUUUGGUCUCUGUGCCACUGCUCUGAUAACUGACAUCAUUCAGCUGUCGACGGGUUACCCAGCACCGUACUUCCUUACUGUAUGCAAACCCAACUACACACACCUGAACUCCUCCUGUGAUGAGAACUCUUUCAUUCUGGAAGACAUCUGCUCUGGGACUGACACUGCCAUCAUUAAUGCCGGCAGAAAAUCUUUCCCUUCCCAACAUGCAACCUUGGCAUCCUUUGCUGCUGUCUACGUCUCUAUGUAUUUCAACAGCACUCUGACAGACUCAUCUAAGCUUCUGAAGCCCCUAUUGGUCUUCUCCUUCAUCAUUAGUGCCAUCGUAUGUGGCCUCACACGGAUUAUCCAGCACAAGAACCAUGCCAUUGAUGUCUACCUGGGAUUUCUCCUUGGAGGGGGCAUUGCUAUUUAUUUAGGUCUGCAUGCCGUUGGGAAUUUCCAACCCAGUGAGGAGAAGCUGAAGAGUGAACCUCAGGUUCAGGAUACUGUUGGGUCCCUCGGUGAGCUUGGUCAACAUGUUGGCCACCGUCUGCGUGCUAAAAGCCGUAGCAGUAGUGAUGGCAUUUCAUCCUCACACUCAGAUGGCCUCCUUCACCGUAAUCUCCAGACCCGUCAUACUAGAUCCCUUACCAACCUGAAGAGAUCCAGCGCAGAUGUCGAAGUCCCACAGCCCCAUAGCCCCGCAGAUAAGGAGAGCAUGGUGACUUUUAGUAACACACUGCCACGGAUUCAUGCACCAACCAUGGAUGAUGGUGCAAGGAGCACUGGAAACAUCCAUAUGUCCAUGGAAUCCAGCCGCUCCAAGCAGUUGUUAUCGCAGUGGAAGAGUAAGAAUGACAAUCGAAAGCAUUCCAUGCAGACUGUGGAGAGUGUCCUGGGCCCGUGUUCCACUAGCAGCAUGGAGACUCGCUGUAGCUCAGAGCCUUCCACCGUAGGCAUUAAUGGGGAACAGCAAGGUCCAACAGGGUCAUGUCUCAAACUGGCUACUGGAAGCAGCAGUAUACCCAGCAAUCCUUGUGGUAUUGCUGGAGGUACAAGAAUAUCUAUUCAGUCCAGACCAGGCUCUUCCCAAUUGGUGCACAUUCCAGAGGAGACUCAGGAAGGCAUAAGCACUUCACCUGGAGGUAGUCUACAGGACAAGUGGCUGAAAAGCAUGGAAAAGAAUGUCAAUGGACAACCACGUGUUGUGCCAGUGAUUGGAAUGUCGAAGCAGCACGGCCUGUUGCCCACAGGCUCCAGUAGUUCUGAAAGCAGUAGCCAUACCAGCUCCACUGCACCUCUGCACCGCCAUAAGAGCCUGAGUGAGGAGCCUGGUUCAGGGGUUACCAGCCAGGGUAACAUCGUCAGAGUGGAGGCACACCCAGAGAACGGACGGCCUUUGGUUCAUGCCCACUCUACUGAAGGCACCGCCUUCUGGACCUGGAAAUCUCAGAGCAGCUUAAGACAGUCUUUUGAGCUCAAUGACCUCAACCAAGACUCAGAGAAUUAUGAUUCACUUAGGGACGGCUAUGGCUCCACAGACAGAAAGAGGAGCAACUCUGGUGCUCCGAUACAUGUCACGGUCCCAACAGUUCCGGCUGUCUCCUCUGUUUCCCCUUUAGCCAGUUCAGUAGCAGAUCAGCACCCUCAUCAAACCGUCUCCACCAUCCGGGUCACCCCUAUAGAGAGCAGUGAGAGUGGCCCAGAGAGUCACGACUCAACACUGCGAAGGAAAAGCAAUAUGAUCCUAAUACCGGAAAGAGGGAACAGUCCAGAAAACACUAGGACCAUUUUCUACAAGGGCACUUCCACCACUCCAGCAUUUAAAGAGUAGCCAGCAUUUAAUGCCUUUUCUCUGUUUAUGUAUCACACAUGAGGUCCAUGUAUGAGGUGUUCACCAUAUUUGUCCACACAUGUACAGUUUGCUGGUGUGUUUUGCACUCUGGAUGACACCAUUUCUUACACUGCAUGAAAUCACUUGUUUAUAAAGUUGUCACAGUGACACAAAAGCACAAACCCAGAACUCUUCCUAUGCUGUUGGCUGUUGUCCUAAUGAAGAAGUACAGUAUAUUGUAGCAUAUAACCUGAUUCUUUUAUUCUACACACUGUGAAGUUGACCUAGUGCCAAGUCUUAACUUAAACACUGUAUAAAUGUUUAACAAAGUCAUUUUUCAGUGAUUACCCUAGCCCAUAAUUUUUUGUAAUAUAAAUAUUCUCUAAAAUGGGUGCUGUCCUAUUUAGAUAUGGGGGGAAAAAGAGGGGGGGGGGGGGAAGCUUGGAUCAGAAAAUUGUUUUGUGAUAAGCAUUUAAUGACCAUAAGUGCUUAGAAUAUUUUCUGUAGUUUGUUGUAUAGUCGUGUAAUCAGGGCUGGUGCAUGCUAUUCUGAUGCUCUAGGCGUAAAAGAAUGUAGCUAUACCUCCAACCAGUCCAUUGUUUAAACUUUUUACAAAUUGACCACUGGUGAUGACUGUCUUCUUAGCCAUUUAACGUGCUUACAGAGUGCACUCGUAGAGAGCUUGGUCAAAUGAAAUACUUCGCGAUGAACUUGAUGGACGAUAGUGUUGGUACAUUAAACCGUCCAUGCUCAAGUGCCACUCUACUGUAGGAAAUUGCCUAGUUCACCAUUAUGUAUGCACUGGUCCUGUUAGAAAUACCCUGCACUAUAUUCUCCUACUUGCAAUACAAAUCUGUGUUUUCACAGCUCCAUCAUGAAAUUAUUUAAUUUGUGUCUCUUGCUCUCAACAGCACAUGUUUGCUCCACUUUGCUAUACACAGUUAUUUUAAUGAAUACUCCCUGGUCUCGCUAAGGUGAAAGUUAAUUCAGUAGCAAAUCAAGGUGCAAAGAUCACCGUCUUCCUUUAAUGUGCGUGAUAGUACCAGGUGCUCCUGGACACACUCUGCUGCUACUGUAAGAUCACUCACAGCCCAUACCUCCAGCGGUGCUGUUCACUACUCAUUUUUUCACUUGAGUGGACAAAGUGAGGCAGAAGUUACGUACGCCUAUGCCACUGAUAUUUCCAUUAUUCCACUCCAACUUCUUCGCAUAGACCCAGUUAACUAUUUAAUAUGUGUCUAAUGUUGUUUCUGAAACAACAUGGCCGAUUUCUGGAACAACUUCUAAAUUUUGAAACUUCAUGCUCGAUUUCUGCUUAUUCAUCUAAGCAGGCCCUAUAUCCAUGUAAAGUAUAUUUAUAUUUAGUCAGAACAUACAUGUGGUUACUAUAAAAAUACACAAGUUACCUAUUUUUAGAUGUAUUUACCAAAUGUGGUGCCAUAUCAACUAUCAAAAAAAAAAUAGAAUUGAAUGUUUAUUUUAAUAGACAUGCAGAUUAAUAGUAUUCUUUAAACUGAUUUUGCUGUGAAUUUUUUAAAUAAAACAUGUGUAAAUGUGCCAAAGGGUAUUUUAAAGAAAACAUUCUGUGUUUUGCUAUAGUACUUCUACAACAGCCUGUAUUCUUGUAAUCCCCAUACAGUGUGGCACACCUAGUGCGUCUGCAUGUUGACGAUUUGAUAUCAAACAUUGUUUUGUCCUCUUUUUGAAAAGGAUUCUCACAGUUGCGGAAAGUGUCAUUAUUGAACUGUUUGUUCUGGACAUGAAAUGUUGUUGGACAAUCUUUAUAAAUGUGUUAUUUUGUUUAUUAGAGGAGCAACCUCAACACUACAAAGGAAAGACAUCUGACUAGUGUGUGCACAUUUGAUUUAAGGAAUGCACCGUGCAUGUUUCUGAGAUGACUGAGGAGCACUAUCCGAAAAUACUGUGUUUGUGUUUAAUCAGGAAAGUGGUGAUAGGUUAGCUGUGUAUUUGAACAAGUCCAGCAACACUCAUUACACUGGCACCAGACUCUGUUUAAGAGACUAUGAGACAUCGUCUUUCUCUCCAUCAAUUGUGCCAGAUCCACAAAAGAAAAGGGAUCCGUAGAGAUAAAAACUGUAGCAGUGUUUAAAUAAAUGUUUGUUAUUUAGUCCACAA